AUGGAUGAUAUGAGUGUUAGCAGAGAGUCAACUGGACGAAGGAUAGGCACAUACGGCCUUGCGAUUGGUUUCUUCUACACCGUCAAUUUUAGCGUCGGUAUUGGCUUCCUCAAUCUACCGCGUUCUUUCUACAAUGCCGGCGUGCUGGUCUCGUGCAUAACUCUGGCCGUUAUCGCUUUCUUCAACGUUGUUACGACCAUUUGGCUUGUAGAAACUAUGUCCAGAGCUCAGGCACUAGAAUACAGUGGAAAGAUGAUCACACAUAGUUUUUUGGACAACUCUGAUAAUCAGAACUUACUGGAAGAAAUCGAUGAUGAGAGACAGGAAGAUGACGAAAUCUGCUUACCUACUAUGCCUGAAUAUGUUAUUAGAUCAGACAGGAAGUUUGAUGGUCCGGAAAUGUGCGAGAUCUUUCUUGGCAAAAUAGCGAAGUAUAUAUACUUAGGUAUUAUGGUGUUGGGAGUCUUUAUGGAUUUGUGGAUCAAGGGCACUGUGGCUGCGACUGCAUGGUCUAGUAACAUACCUCUUAAUGUGGGAAUAUUUGAAAAGUGUACAAGGGACAAUCUAGAGAACAUUUCUCUUCAUCCUGAGGGAAAGUGUUGGAAUAACUACAGCCUGUGUAUUCUGCUAUAUGCACUGAUUGUUGUGCCGCUGUCAUGUCUCGAGCUGAGUGAGCAGAAGUGGUUUCAAGUCGUUCUCAGUGUCAUGCGACUGUUACUUAUUUUUAGUAUAAUAAUAUACUGUGUGGUGAUGAAACUGAUGGGAUCAAGUCCUGUUCAAGACGAAUCUGAUUCUGACAAGGCUAUUUCAUCGAAUCACUGGAUUGGUGGAUCUUUGGCGGGAUGGUUGGCUGCCAUUCCUGUCUUUGCAUUUACUCAAUCGAUUCAGGUCAACAUUCCGACUCUCACUCAACCGAUCGAGCCCAAAAGGAAACUGAGAGGACUCUACACUAGUGCAUUGUUGACAUUGACGGUACUGUAUGUGAUUCUGGGUGUUGUCGUCACAGCCUUUUUUCAGUCAUCAGUAGACAAAACACUUACACUCAACUGGGAACCGUUGACAUCGCCAGAACAUAAUGUUUUUCUUCGGAUUUGGGCAUACUUUGUAGUCUUGUUCCCAUCUUUCGAUGUCACGUCCGCGUUUCCUUUAGGAGUUACAGUUCUAACAAACGUCAUUCACUCGGCUUUGGGUCACGAUACUCCACAGAAUUCCUUGCUUCACAGUCGGUCAACACGAGUAGUGUAUCGACUGGUCUUUGCAUUGAUUCCUCUCAUCGGUGCGACGUUUAUCACCGAGUUAGAAACUUUACUUCGAUAUGAAGGCUUAUUGACAUACAUUGUAUUUUGGGUAUUUCCCGCUCUAAUGCAGUACUCAUCAAUGAAAAUGUGCAGGAAAGUUUUUGGCUUGCAACGAUGUAUUUCCCAGUCUAUUUCCAAGACUAGAUCUGAUGUUGCUUGCGUCAUCUCUGUCAAGCCAGGUGAUGAGUUAAAUACCCCGUACUCUACUCGUUUCAGCAAUAAUUGGAUGGUUGGUUUGGCUCUCUUGUUUGCCUGUUUUCUUAUCAUUGCCAGCAUUGCAGGGAUUAUUCUUAAAUAGUGAAGGGACUUGACUGAAGAUACAAAUCUGUGUUUAUCAUACGUGAAUUAUCAAUUGAUCUUGCCUGCUUUCAAAUUGGAAAUAGUAAGAUUGUUAAUGCCGUUUGUGUUUUGGAACAGUUAGCAAGUGUAGACAUGUGAUUGCUGUCAAGAUUAGUCGAAUGAACUUUUUACAGUAAUUCUCAAAGCAAUAGAAUGAAUUCGAACA